AUGCCCAUAGUGUCUGCCUUGAGAUUGGAAGGUUGGGGGUUCAAUCCCUGAUCAAGUCAUACCAAAACCUUGAUGCAUCUCUGUAUGUCCAGGGAGUGUACUGGUAGGCCGACAUUAAGUUGGCUCUCGCUACAGAAACAGGAGAUAAGCUCCUGCCCUAAGGGCCGUUCUCGGACAAGGCUUACUUGCUUGCUUUACUUUUGCUUAAUGAUUGAAUUAGCAGUACAGUGGACACAAUAUGAUUACAGUAGUGGAGGCUCCUAAGAGGAGUAAGGGGAGGACCAUCCUCAGUGAAUUUCAUUGUUUUUUAAAUGGUGUAACAUGAAAAAUGUUAUCCUUUUUAUAUAAAACUAUACUAAAUGUAUUCACAUGUCAACAAAUAAUUGAUUAAAACACUGUUUUCCACUCUGUAGGGUAGCACCAUAGUGUAGCCGUAGGACAGCGAGUUUCAGGCCUCCUCCGGGUACAUUGACUUCAAUGCAAAACCUAGGAGGCUCGUGGUUCUCAACCCGUUCCAUAUACUUACACAGUAAUUAUGACAACUUCUAGAGGACGUCCUCCAACCUAUCAGAGCUCUUGCAGCAUGAACUGACAUGUUGUCCAGCCAAUCAAAGGAUCAGAGAAUGAAUCUAGUACUGAAAGCAUAAGCUACAGCUAGCUAGCACUGCAUAAAAUGUGGUGAGUAGUUGACUCAAAGAGAAAGACAAUAGUUGGAAAAUUAUUGAACAAAUUAAUUUCUUCAAAAAUGAAGGAGAAGCGAGAGAGAGAGCGCUAGCUAUAUUUUAUUGUAUAUAUAUUUUUUACUUUCACUUACUUAGCUAGCAAAUGCAGCUAGCUAGUUUAGCCUACUCAAACACCUGGCUCAAACCGAGAGGUAUGCUAUGUUAGCAAGCUGGCUAUGGCUAGCCAACACUGGAACUCUUCCAAGUCAAGGUAUACUUUUGGUUUAAUUAAUUUAUUGCCCCCCGGGGCCCGCCUGUACUGCAUGAUUGUAGCAGGUUUACUAACGCGUUAAUUCUAGUAGCGAUGACGUUAAUAUGGUGACAACGAUGUAGGCUGUGUGUGGCGGUUAGCAGUUAUGAUAUGAAGGUUUGGCUUAAAAUAUUUUUUUUGCCUGGUCAUAGACAGCUGAUGUGUUAUGCACUGAAGUCCACAAGCGAAGGGAAAAGGUGAGAGGAGGAGAGCGUGUAGAUGCGAGAAGGAAUUGUACAAAAAUCAAAGGGAUCAUGCCUUGUGGCUCAGUUGGUAGAGCAUGGCACUUGUAAUACCAGGGUUGAGGGUUUGAAAAAUGUAUUCACUCACUACUGUAAGUCUCUCUGGAUAAGAGCAUCUGCUAAAUGACUAAAAUGUAAAUGCUGUUUGUAUGUGUCUGCUAUGAAAGUGAACUGUGUUUGCGUGUGAUCAGGGGUGUAUUCAUUCCGCCGAUUCAGUUGAAAAAAUGUUUCUUAAACCGAAGAUAUAGUGCGUGUUCCAAAUGGCCCCCUAUUCCCUAUAUAGUGCACUACUUUUGACCAGCGUCCUAUGGGCCCUGGUCAAAGGUGGUGCACUGUGUAGGGAAUAGGGUGCCAUUUGGGAUACGGACAUGGGUUAGGAACAUGGUUAUCCAGGGUCAACUCCCGAGUGGCGCAGUGGUCUAAGGCACUGCAUCGCAGUGCUAGCUGGUUCGAAUCCAGGCUCUCAAUUGGCACAGCGUCGUCCAGGGUAGGCGAGGGAAUGGCCGGCAGGGAUGUAGCUCAGUUGGUAGAGCAUGGCAUUUGCAACGCCAGAGUUGUGGGUUCGAUUCCCACGGGGGGGGGUCAGUAUGAAAAAUAACGUAUGCACUCACUAACUGUAAGUCGCUCUGGAUAAGACCGUCUGCUAAAUGACUUAAAUGUAAAUUAUUACACCCUAGAUCAGCUAGAGGCAGGCAAGAGUUUCUUGCUCAAUUGGUAGAGCAUGGCGCUUGUAACGCCAGGGUAGUGGGUUCGAUCCCCGGGAUCACCCAUACGUUUAAAAAAAAAAAAUAUGCACACAUGACAGUAAGUCGCUUUGGAUAAAAGCGUCUGCUAAAUGGCAUUAUUAUUAUUAUUAUUAUUACGGGGGGCCGUAAUUUAUUAUUAUUACUACAAGUGUGCAAGGCGGUAUUGAACGUGUCACUUUGAUUACUAAAAUUUCUCUCGACCUGUGCACCUACGUUGUAAACUUUCAUUCAUAGGCUAGGUUCUAGCAACCUCAUGAUGGGUAUAGGGAAAAUUUGAGUAUCAUGUAGUAGCCGUUACAUUGAGCUGGGUGAAUGGAAUAUGAAUGACAGUCAUCCAAUAUGCUGUAAUAGAAAUAAAAAUUAAAUUAAAUUACGUCCUGCCUCAUCUUAAACGGCACCGACCGGCACUGGAUUACAGUACUAAGUUUUGUAUACCUCAAUGAACCUCCAUGUAUAGGAGGUAAUCUCUACAAUAGUAUUGCGUGUCUCAGUGGUUGAGGGUGUGUGCUGAGUAAUGUGUCCUCUGCAGGUAUGACUCUAACUCGGGAGGGGAGCGGGAGAUCCAGAGGACUUUGCUGGAGCUGCUUAACCAGCUGGAUGGUUUUGACUCCAGAGGCGAUGUCAAGGUCAUUAUGGCCACCAACAGGAUAGAGACCCUGGACCCCGCACUCAUCAGACCAGGUACACAAUAACAUUAUUAUACGACUUCAAAUCUUCAAUGGAAAUUACAAUGCAGGCUAUGCCCACCUAAAUUAAUCCUGACUUUGAGCAAGUAAUGAUUGGAGAUACAGUAUCUUAUUACCCCAAGGAGCAUGUCCUCUGAUUUGGUAUAUAUUUUUGUGUCCCCCACCCCCACUCCUCAGGCCGUAUUGACCGUAAAAUAGAGUUCCCCCUGCCGGAUGAGAAGACCAAGCGAAGGAUAUUCCAGAUCCACACAAGCAGGAUGACCGUGGCAGACGAUGUGACCCUGGAUGAACUGAUCCUGGCCAAGGAUGACCUCUCCGGAGCUGACAUCAAGGUGCAGUAUUGACGUUACAGCAACCAGCUGGGACAUAGUAAUUAGACUAACUGUGAAAAUGCAGCAUACUCAAAAGAAAGACUGUAUGCCCCUCUUUAUAUUUGAAUGUUCUGGUUUUGCUGCAGUCCUGUGGCAUCUCAAAGAAUUUUCACUGAAGUGUUUAACUUAUUUCUCUCAUCUCAGGCCAUUUGUACAGAGGCAGGGCUGAUGGCUCUGAGAGAGCGCAGGAUGAAGGUGACGAACGAGGACUUUAAGAAGUCGAAGGAGAACGUGUUGUACAAGAAACAGGAAGGGACACCAGAGGGACUAUACCUCUAA